CGAGGGUUCUGCUCUGGGGCCCGGAUGUGCGGUGCGCCCGGCGAGCAUGCGCAAGCGGUGGAGGCGGGGCGGGAUUCACUCUCAGUUAAUGGAGAACGGGCAGAGGGAAGAGUGAGUGUGUUAUUAUGUCCCGAUACAACCGGUGCGGUGGAGAAACCAAGGUCUAUGUAGGUAACUUGGGAACAGGUGCCGGUAAAGGGGAACUAGAGCGUGCAUUCAGCUACUACGGACCACUGAGGACUGUCUGGAUAGCACGGAAUCCCCCUGGUUUUGCUUUUGUGGAGUUUGAGGAGCCUCGAGAUGCUGAAGAUGCUGUUCGUGGUUUGGAUGGCAAGGUAAUUUGUGGUUCGCGUGUUCGAGUGGAAUUAUCAACAGGAAUGCCACGGCGCUCACGCUUUGAGCGACCGCCAGCACGACGGCCCUUUGACCCAAAUGAUCGAUGCUAUGAAUGUGGAGAAAAGGGUCAUUAUGCUUAUGACUGUCAUCGCUAUAGUCGACGCAGGAGGAGCAGGUCCAGGACUAGGUCACGUUCAAGAUCACGUGGAAGAAGAUAUACUCGUUCACACAGCCGUAGCCGUGGCAGAAGGUCCAGGUCAUUUUCUCCUCGGAGGUCCAGGUCAUUUUCUCCUCGGAGGUCCAGGUCUUUCUCUCCUAAAAGGUCCAGGUCUCGAUCAAGGUCACGAUCCAGAUCCAGGUCUCUGUCAAGGCAGAGAAGCAGAUCUCUGUCUCCUCUAAGAAGAUCCAAGUCUCGCUCUCUUGUUCGAAGUCGCUCGAAGUCUAGAUCACAUUCACCAAAGCGAAGUCGCACACCAUCUGAAAAUUCUCGUAGAAGUGCAAGUCCUGACAGAAAUGACUAAGUACAACUUGUAAAGCUAAACUUUUAGAAUGAAUGUUUUUUUGUUUACAUUCUUUAAAGUUGUACGGGAAUCCUUUGGUUCUUUGUGGGGAUUUUGAUUUGAUUUUAAAUGUAAGGGCUUGUUUCUAACUUAAUUUUCAUGCUUCCUUUUUUCCCCCUUUUGUGGAGAAAAUAUGGCGCGGGUAGGACUUUUUUUUAAAAGAGUACACAUCCUAGAGACUAAAUCGAGUGAUCUGCAUUUUUCCCUGCAUAACUGUGUUGUAUUCUUUUGUUGUAAUUUCCUCAAACCAUUUGAAGUGUAUCACAUUUUUGUAUCUGGAAAUAGAAAUAAAUGAAUUGUCCUGAGA